AAUCACAAACACGUAUCUGAUAAGCGAAGUUGUGUAACUCUGAAUCACUGAGUCGUAGGCAUUUCUUGUGAGUGUCAGUACUUCCAUACCAAAACAAGCUUUUUUCAAGAAAAAAAUGGUGCUAAAUUAUUUAUUGCAAUGUGAAUAAUUAUGAGAACAUCUCUUCUAUAUGUGAUAUGCCUGGCCUGCCUGGUGGCUACAGGGAAGACCUGUAUGGUCGGCGGCGUCUGGAGGUACGGGAGUCCCUACUACGACGAUUACGAUUACGGACCUCGUGGACGGUCCAGGACCGGAUUGGGUAACACCGGCUACGGUAACACCGGGUUCGUCAGCUAUGGUGUGGGGUUAGGAGGACUUGGCAUUCUGCUGAGUCUAUUGUUCCACCCCCACUUCCCCAACAACCACCGCCCUCCACCACCUCGAGAGGUCCAUCAUCACCACCACUACUUCCAUCAUGAAGGAGGAGGAUACGACUACAAGUACGGUCGAGACCCACCAAACUGGGGCGCUUAUCGUCGUCCUCCUUCAGGAUCCUCUGGAUCCUCUUCAGGACCAAGUGAUAAAGGAUCUCAUAGCUUCUCUAACUUUUUCAAAAACAUGUUUUAUAGGUGAAAACCUCUUUAUGCAUAAAAUCUGUUUUAUUUGCAUUUAAUUAAAA